CAGGAGUUCUGCAGUGAGUGUGCGUCGUGCCGCCAGUCCGGAUACCGCAUCACACAAGACUGCAGUUGUUCCUCUGAUCUGCUGAAGUUCAACCUAGUACACUGCCCCUGUUACUCCAGCCAUGAAGCCUGUAAGAUGGCUGGCUCUGCUGGCCUGUAGUCUGGUGGUCUUUGCUCAGGAGGAAGUCGACAAUGAAGAGUCGAGGAAAGUUCUUGGGUCCAGUGUAGUGACGUCUGUGUCAGUGAUCAUGGACCACGGGAAUGGUACCAAGACAUACAUAGCAGAUGCAGCAGGUCAGCCAGUAGACCAGACAGAAGGUGCGGUAGGCAGCCCAGUGGACCUUCUGAACCCUGAUCGCUACGAGUUUUACACCUUCGAUGAAACAGGAGACCUUGUCAAGAGGCUCAUGACUUUGGACCAGAUCAAAGGAUUGCUAGCAGGAGGUGACGGCGAGACACUAGACAAUCCUUCUAACUCACCAACGUUCUUCCACGAUUCUCUAUCGUCAUCUCACAUUGAUGAUUCUGACUUAGAACCAAACAUGGCACAAGGCGUUCACAGUGUUGUAGCAAGUGUGCAAAAUGUGCUAAGAAGUGAGUUAGAAGCUUCAAAAACAAAGGUAGUUACAAAACCUCCAUUAAGUAUACCAGAUUCAAUUUCAUCGUGGAGUAUGCUCUUCCCAGCAAUCAUUGGCGACUCUUCAGAAGCUCUGGAUGAUGGAAGUGACACUGGGAACAGUGUGAAUGAACCAAUCAUUGGAGGAGACAGACUUCCAGCAUCGUCUAAUAUUGACCAAGCACAAGUUAAAGUAGAAACUGAGAAUUCACCUCAAGAUAAAAAUGAUACCACAACAGAGAAACCAACAGCUGUUCCGCCUAUAAUUCACUUUUUAGAGAUCCAAAGUGUGCCUUCUCCAAUGAAAGGCCCAACUAAAGUACCCUCAAAUUUGUUGUCAACUGCAGCAGCAUCAACCUCUACAACUGAAACCCCCACAACCACUGCUAAAUCUACAUCUCCAGAGACAUCCAUUCAGGAAAUGUCUGCUUCAAUAUCUGAUGUUUUAUCUCAGGUUACAGAUGACCAAACAUCUGGAAAUCUCUUAAAGUCUUCUGAAGAUAGCACCAUGACUGAGGACCCCAUAUCUUCGCCAACUACACAAACCGUUAAAAAAGAACAAAGUACUGUGCCAACUAAAUCGACAGAAAAGUCACCGAUUAAAAUAAAACCUGUUUUGAAACCAGAAAGCAGCAGUAUUAACCCUGUGACAGCUAGUCCUCAAGAGAGUUCAAACAAGAAAACCUCAACAACAGAGUCUCCUUCAUCAGUAAAACAAACAACAGAAGGAAGCACCAAACAAAAUGUGGUGGCGCAGACAACUGUUAAAAGUGAUACUCAUUCAACAAAAGUAACAAAUAAGACGACAGAUUCAGUUGUAUCUCUAUUGACUACUGUGAAACCGAACAUUACAAAAGUAAGCACAAAAGAAACCAAUAAAAAUAAACCUUUAACUCCUGCAGCUUCAUCUGUAGUCAAACAAAAAGUACGGCCCACAGCUCCUAGUCAAACUACAUCAGUAAAAAAGAAUACUAUAAAAGUACAAUCUGUAACACCAUCAUCUUCAACAACUGGAAAAGUGCCACCCAAGAAAUCAAGCAAACCAGUAGUAAAUAAGACAUCUCAGAACAGUGAAACUCUAGAAGCCCAUGGUAGUGAAGAAGUUGUUAAAAUUAUUCCAAACAAACAGGCACCUUCAGUGUCCAACAAAAUCAAAGUCAACCAGACUAAAACUAAUAUGACCGCAUCUACACCAAAGCCUUCAUCAAAACCAAAUAUGAAGGUCUCUAGCAAACCAAACGCAUCUGAACUGCCCCAUGACUGUGCAACUCAUAAAACACCCUCCACGGGAGAUACAAAAACUAAAGAAAAGAUUCAGGUUGCUGCUUCCACAAAUGUUAAUGAAAGAAUACAGCCAUCUAAACUUAAAACCCCAGAAUUCCAAGAAAUUAAAACUGUUCAAAAACCAAGCAGUCAAAACAAUAAAGUAACAAUAAGUAAAAUUAAACCAUCAGAAGACAUAAAAAUUACAACUUACAAACCAUCAACUAGCCAGCCAUUCACAACCAAACAAUCUGUACAUAAAAUAUCAACCACUACAGAGAGACCUUCAAGUGAAAAUAAAAUAGCGAGUGCUUCUAAAAUUCAUGAGGUUAACAGUUCAUUAUUGGAUAUUAAAGAUCAAGCCCCAAGUCUGCAAAAAAACAAAUCUGAAAUAGUUUCUUCUUCUAAAUUAUCAGCUUUGAGUUCUACAAAGAAUAAGAAUACAGUUUCUGGGGAAGAAGGUGCAGCAUCUAGCACUGAUGAAACCAAAGUUCCAGUUCCUCUAAAAAAUCCCCCGAAGAUUCCUUUGGAUGAACAUGAAGAACAUGAUAAAAACUCCACAGAUCACAAAAAAGAAGCGGAUUGUACUCACUCCAAAAAACCUAUCCAUACCUCAAUCCAAGAUAAAAUUAAUGAUUCCAUAGAAGAUUUUGCUGCAAGUAAUUCUGAAGAAAUAAAAGUUACAACUUCAACAACUGCUCCAACAUCUGAAGUGACAACUGAUGUAACUUUUAAAGACUCAACAACAGAGGAUUUACCGGAAAUGACAACGAGCGAUUCCUCUGAUGAUGUUUCUAGAACUACAGAACAAGUUGAAGCAGAGGCCACUGAACUCCCAGAGACAACAACACUAAACAUGCCAGAAAUGGACUUUGUGAAAGAGGGUAUUUCAGCAGUCACAAAUAUAUUACUGGACUUAAAACCUCCUCUAGAACCACAACUCCAAAUGGCUACAAUUCCUCUGACGGAGUCAGCAUCAAAUAUUGUUAACAGUCCUCCAGUUAAGGGAGAGUUAAAACAUGCUGGUUCUUUUGAGGAUUUUGAUAUGACAACAACUGACGUUCUAGAAGAAAAUAGCACAUCCUCUCCAUCCUCAACAACAGAGAAGGAAUUAUUAGUAUACUUUACAACCACCACUGUUCUAGAUGCAGAUCCAACCCUAAAACCAGAAUCAGAAAAAGAACCAAUCAUAUAUUUCACAACUACAGACGCAGCAGAAACUGAAACUGAAUAUCAAACCACAGAAAGUGUAACUGCUUCUAAUAACUCUAAGGACCUCAGUGAAGAAAACACAGAAAAAGUACCAGUUGCUGAAACAACACCCUCGGUAGACGUUUCAACAGUCAAUAAUCAGGAAGAAGAAAUUAAAGUGCCCAGUGAAUCAAAAAUCAUCAGCACUGUUUCAAACCAAACACUACCAACCAAGGAAAGCAAACUAAGUCCUGAGAACCUAAAUGAAACCUUAGAUUUAGGAUUACCAUGCAACCACACUCAGUCACAAAAUACCGUGACAAGUGAUAAGAGUGAAAUACCCUUAGAACCAGCACAAAGUAUUAUAUCAGAGGUAAAUAACACGUUGAGUGAAACAUACACUACCCUACCCUCAACCACACAAAGUGUUACGGAAACCACUCAAAAGAACAGUGACGAAAGCUUUAAGGUAGAUUUUAAAACUGCAUUACGACCAGAGCCAUCAAAAAUAGACCGUCCUUUUACGCAGGUUAAAUAUCCAAGUCUUCAAAAUGCUUACAGGCCCUUGCAAGAUCCUCCUGUAAAUCCAACCACGGCAGUGGAGCUUCAUCCGGCACCUCAUGAAAGCAUGGGCCUUGAAGCCACUACAGCUUUCCUGGCUGAUGAUGUGAGGAGGUUUUCAGAUCUGUGUAAUGAGCUCGCCUUUAGGAUGUGGACAUCCAUCACUGGCAAAGGAUCAAUAUCGUCGAGGAGUCUAGUGCUUUCACCUUUUGCUACUACUUCAUUACUAGCAAUGGUUUUUCUGGGAGCUAGAGGACCCACCUCAGGACAAAUGAAUGAUGUUCUAAGACUGGAUGACAUGGUCACCUUCAAUCCUCACCAAGUUUUGCAGAAUGUAACAGAAUCUGUCCUAAACUCAAGAAACUACGGAGUAACAACAGCUGCUUUUGUUCGAGAACUAUACAGUGAUAAGCUCAAAGGAAAGAUAUUGGAUUUCUACAAAGAGAGAGCCCAACAAUACUAUGAUGGGCACGUUGAAGAAAUCUCCUUUAACACGAUUGGAGACAUUCUUAGACGAAGGACAAAUCUUCUGGUGAAGCGUCAGACUCUAGGAAAAGUACCAGAAUACUUGAGAGGAAGCAACUUGAACUUGCGACCUCCUCUUGCUGCAUUCAGUGCAAACAUAUUUCAGACCGACUGCGACCUAGCAUCAACAGAUGGUCGAGAUGGGGAGAUGUACUUUGUAGUCCGGCCUUCCACACGCCAGCGCCGCCUGGUGCCAGUACCAGCUGCCGUGUGGCGUACUGGGUUCCUGGCAGGUUACGAGCCAGGUCUAGACGCCACAGCUGUUGCGCUAGGCACAGACUCUGUAGCCAGCACCAUCCUCGUACUGCCAGGCCAGCAAGGCCAGGUCGCACCAGGGGACGGCCUCGCCAGACUAGAACAGAGGCUCAUUGAAACAUCGUACCGACGAGGAGGCUGGACUCGGCUACUCAGAAGCUUACUACCUCGACCAGGUCUGGAGCUACAGGUUCCCAGAUUCUCCCACAGAUCUGUACUGAACAUAACCAGCACAUUGCAGAGGAUGGGUCUGAAGGAUCUGUUUAAUGAGAACAAAGCUGACCUACGAGGUCUCAAUGGUCUGUCCAACGACCUCCACCUGUCAGACAUCGUACAGGUCAACACCUUCAGCACCUGCGGAGAGGACACCAUAGGUGCCAGACACCACAUAGAGACCUACCCCGUGUCCCCACAGCGCAUGGGUCGCGAUGACCCAGAACAGUACCCUCGGCCAGAGGACCUGGAGGACCACGACCUGCUCAAAAUCCCUUUCAACUUGAGGCCGCGACAAGCCAGACUUCCUGACAACCCUAGACUGCGGUUCGACCGACCGUUCCUGUACAUGGUGCGACACAAUCCGACGGGCAUGAUCCUACACAUGGGGAGGUUUAAUCCGAGACUCCUACCCUGAGCUCUUCGUUCUAGUGAGCUGAAACGUCUCGGUGAUAACCAAAAUUAAUUUUGUCGAGUGAGAGGACGCUCGAGACAAAAGUAUUUAUGACUGAUGUUCAGUAUUAUUUUAACCAUUGAUCGUUUGAUGACCAAUGCUUGAAAUAGGACAUAUUGCCAUGACAAACUAGAGAUUACAAAGUGUGAUUUCAUCAGUUCUAGAUGUAAAAUUUUAGAUAUAGUUAUAUGAACUUUGAAUGUGAAUAUGCUUUAUAUUAUUAAUAGCUUUCUAUGUUUUGUCUCAAAUAAUUUUGUAUUAUUUUUGUAUAAAUUUUUUUCUAACAGUGUUUGCCCACAAUUCGACAAUAUAUUGUUGUCCUGAGUUCCUACAAUGUGCUCAAAUUACAAAUAAUAAAUUAUUAUGAGUUUUUUGAGAUAACAUAAAAUUGUUAUGUCUUUAGUGAAUGGCUGUUUAAGUUGUUUAUCCCAAAAUCUCUAAGUUUGGCCCUGUCAGAGUAGAUUUGCCUGUAUUGUGACCAUUCAGUGUAUCUGUGAAUUAAGUGUUUGUCUUUAAGAGAUAAGUCACUAAUCCAAGUUAUUAGUCAACAAAAGAGAUUAAGCUUCAACAAAAUACAUUUCACUAAAUGCAUUUAAUUAAAAUAUUUGAAAAUACUGGCAUGAACAUGAUAAAAAUAUCAUAACACUUGAAAAAUCUAUGUUGCUGUUUCGACUAACAGUCUACGAAUUUGUAAAUGACAAAAUUUAAUAUUAUUCCUUUGCCAACCUAGUAUGGCAAUUACUAGCUAGUCUACAAACAAUUGGUUUUGAUUGUGCAAAAUUAUUGAUUGUAUUUGUAAAAUUAUUGAUUAUAUUUUAAGAAAACAAAAAUAAUAACUGAUUUGAUGAUUAUAAAAAAUUACUGAAAUGUACUUUGAACAAAUUAAUUUGUGAAUAUUUAGCUGUAAAUAUGUUUGUAAACACCAGAAACUGUUUUACUAUUCUUCCUUAUCCCCUGUUUUCAUUAACAGUUUAAAACAGUAUUAUAUUCUGUAUCUCAAAUGUACAUUGAUUUUGACCAUGAAGAAUGUUAUACUUUUAUUAUACCUGUGUAAUAAAA